GGCGCGCCUGGACCCCGGCCCUUCUCUGGGUGGGAAAGCUCUCGGCUGCCUUUCAGCUUCACUCCUUCCUCGCAGACUGGGCUCCCAGCCCCUUCUUUCCUUCUCCUGGUCUGGAUCUCAACCCCUUCGGACCCCUUCCUUUAGCUUAGGUUCCCUACCCCUUCCGUCAGCCUAGCGUCCCGAGAUCCUCAGUCACUUUCCUUAGCUAAAGGUGCUCUUCCUUUCCUUUGGCGGGGAUCCAACCUCUCCUGUCUCUUCCUCUGUCUCCAGGGCUGAGUCUGCCUCUCUUCCCCUCUCCCAGGCCUGGAAUUCCAGACCUUCUGUGGUGGUCUCUUUCUGUGGUCCUUUCUAGGUCCUUGUCCCUCUUCCCCAGUUUGGAUUCCAGAUUGGGAACCCAACCUCUCUCCACCCCCAGAGGACUACUUCCACGAAAAUACCUCUUUCAAACAUGAACUUUUCCUAGAGACAACUCCAGGCUGUCUUUCCACUUGCUGACCCCUUGCUACCCAUGUGCCAGGUUUUGCUCUCACUUGGCUAAGGGUCAGGCUUGCUGGGCUGGGGAAGCAGCAUGAUGCAUCUGUGGUCUGGCAUCUGCGGCCUGUCUCCACCUCGGAUCUUCCCUUCCUUGCUUGUGGUGGUAGCCUUGGUGGGGCUGCUACCUGUUCUCAGCAGCCAUGGUCUCCAGCCGAGCCCUACUGCCAGCACCAUCCGAGGCUCAGAACCACCACGGGAACGCUCUAUUGGGGAUGUCACCACUGCUCCACCGGAGAUCACCCCAGAAAGCCGCCCUGUUAACCAUUCUGUCACUGACCAUGACAUGAAGCCUCGAAAGGCCUUUCCAGUCCUGGGCAUCGACUACACGCAUGUGCGCACACCUUUUGAGAUCUCCCUCUGGAUCCUGCUGGCCUGCCUUAUGAAGAUAGGUUUCCAUGUGAUCCCCACCAUCUCGAGCAUCGUCCCGGAGAGCUGCCUGCUGAUCGUGGUGGGGCUGCUGGUGGGGGGCCUGAUCAAGGGCGUGGGCGAGACGCCCCCCUUCCUACAGUCGGACGUCUUCUUCCUCUUCCUGCUGCCGCCCAUCAUCCUGGAUGCAGGCUACUUCCUGCCGCUGCGGCAGUUCACAGAGAACCUGGGCACCAUCCUGAUCUUCGCGGUGGUGGGCACGCUGUGGAACGCCUUCUUCCUGGGCGGCCUUAUGUAUGCCGUGUGCCUGGUGGGUGGCGAGCAGAUCAACAACAUUGGCCUCCUGGACAACCUGCUGUUCGGCAGCAUCAUCUCUGCCGUGGACCCGGUGGCUGUCCUGGCUGUCUUUGAGGAAAUUCACAUCAAUGAGCUACUGCAUAUCCUCGUCUUUGGGGAAUCCCUGCUCAAUGACGCCGUCACUGUGGUCCUGUAUCACCUCUUUGAGGAAUUUGCCAGCUAUGACCACGUGGGCAUCGUGGACAUCGUCCUUGGCUUCCUGAGCUUCUUCGUGGUGGCCCUGGGCGGGGUGUUUGUGGGCGUGGUCUACGGGGUCAUCGCAGCCUUCACCUCUCGAUUUACCUCCCACAUCCGUGUCAUCGAGCCGCUCUUCGUCUUCCUCUACAGCUACAUGGCCUACCUGUCAGCCGAGCUCUUCCACCUGUCGGGCAUCAUGGCACUCAUUGCCUCAGGAGUGGUGAUGCGGCCCUACGUGGAGGCCAACAUCUCCCACAAGUCCCACACCACCAUCAAAUAUUUCCUCAAGAUGUGGAGCAGUGUCAGCGAGACCCUCAUUUUCAUCUUCCUUGGUGUCUCCACCGUGGCUGGCUCCCACCACUGGAACUGGACCUUCGUCAUCAGCACCCUGCUCUUCUGCCUUGUUGCCCGAGUGCUGGGUGUGCUGGGCCUGACCUGGUUCAUUAACAAGUUCCGCAUUGUGAAGCUGACCCCCAAGGACCAGUUCAUCAUUGCCUACGGGGGCCUACGAGGAGCUAUCGCCUUCUCCCUGGGGUACCUCCUAGACAAGAAGCACUUCCCCAUGUGCGACCUGUUCCUGACGGCCAUCAUCACUGUUAUCUUCUUCACUGUCUUUGUGCAGGGCAUGACCAUUAGGCCCCUGGUAGACCUAUUGGCGGUGAAGAAAAAGCAAGAAACAAAGCGCUCCAUCAAUGAGGAGAUCCACACGCAGUUCCUGGACCACCUUCUGACAGGCAUUGAGGACAUCUGUGGCCACUACGGCCACCACCACUGGAAGGACAAGCUCAACCGGUUUAAUAAGAAGUAUGUGAAGAAGUGCCUGAUAGCCGGCGAGCGCUCCAAGGAGCCCCAGCUCAUUGCCUUCUACCACAAGAUGGAAAUGAAGCAGGCUAUCGAGCUGGUGGAGAGCGGGGGCAUGGGCAAGAUCCCCUCUGCUGUCUCUACUGUCUCUAUGCAGAACAUCCACCCCAAGACCCUGCCUCCUGAGCGCAUCUUGCCGGCAUUGUCCAAGGACAAGGAGGAAGAGAUCCGCAAAAUCCUACGGAACAAUUUGCAGAAGACCAGGCAGCGACUACGGUCCUAUAACAGACACACGCUUGUGGCAGACCCCUAUGAGGAGGCCUGGAACCAGAUGCUGCUUCGGAGACAGAAGGCCCGGCAGCUGGAGCAGAAGAUGAACAACUACCUGACGGUGCCGGCUCACAAGCUGGACUCGCCCACCAUGUCGCGGGCUCGUAUUGGCUCAGACCCACUGGCCUACGAGCCGAAGGCAGACUUGCCGGUCAUCACCAUUGACCCAGCCUCCCCACAGUCGCCCGAGUCCGUGGACCUAGUGAAUGAGGAACUGAAGGGCAAGGUGUUGGGGCUGAGCCGGGACCCAGCAAGGGUGGCCGAGGAAGACGAGGACGAUGACGGGGGCAUCAUGAUGAGGAGCAAGGAGCCUUCAUCCCCAGGCACUGACGAUGUCUUCACCCCUGGGCCAAAUGACAGCCCCAAUGCCCAGAGGAUACAGCGCUGCCUCAGUGACCCUGGCCCACACCCUGAGCCUGGAGAGGGAGAGCCAUUUAUUCCCAAGGGGCAGUAACAUCCCCAGGGCAGUGCCCAUCUCACCAUAGACUCUCCCACAGAGCAGGGGCUACUGACCUGGAUUGGCCCUGCCCUUUCCCUACCGCAUGGCAGCUGGGCCCACAGGCCACCACACUCCCCCUUACCCUGCAGCAGGGCUUCCCCUGCCUCCUGGGAAGCGUCCUUUCACCAUACCCAUGGGGCAGAACUGCUGUGCUGGUGAGCAGGCCCUGCUCCUUCCCCAGGCCUAGGCUCUCCCGCACCACACAGGGACCAGGGCCUCAGAGGCCAUCCCUCCACUCCAUUGCCCUCCCUGUUCACACCAAUCUUAUUUCUAACCAAAGAGGCUCUGGCUCAGCAGUGGUCCUACCUGGAGGGGAAGGCACUGAGGCUUCCUUAAUCAGGGGAGACACCUGGGUGCCAGGCAGGUGGCAGGAGGAGGAGGAGUCAGUGGCCCUACUCCUGCCAGCUCUGUCACCCUGGCUGGCCACCCCAACCUGUCCUCACUCAGAGCUGCAGUCUGAGGGCAUCUCUGAGCUGUACUGCCUGGAGCUGGGACACUUUGUAUAGGGACAAAGUUGUGACUUAGAGCUUUCCAAACCACUCCUUCGGGGACCACUGGCCUUUCAGGGGCUGUUGCCAGGGGAGGGACUAUUGGGGCUCCAGAAAGUGCUGCCUUUUUAUGUUUUGUUUGUUCACACUUCCAUGUAUGAUUCUGUUUGCACAGAGGGCACUUCUGUUUUUAAACCACCUGGCUGAACAGAACUCUGUCCUCCAUUUCCUUCCACUCACUCCAGAGAAUCAGCCCUCAUUUGUACCUGUCUGUCCAGCCUCCUCCUCAAGUCAGUCCUCUGCCUGCUGAGCUCUUAACUGUUGCCCAAAGGCUUUGAUUGCAACAGUGCCCCCCCCCCCCAAUCACGAUUCUCCCACAGAUACCAGGCCUCUUGGCACCUGACCUCAGUUCCUGCUGGUCCCGUGAGGCCGUGGAAGGCUUUUCUUACUGCCCCCACCCCAGGGUUGGGCCCUGGAACCCCUUCCUCAUGUGCAUCACACCCAGCUUGCCAUGGAGCCCAGUGCUGGGAGAGGAGGCCUCCCCUGAGGAUCUCUUGCCCACAGAGACUGGUCAGUAGGGCAGAAUGCUGGGCCCCAGCAGCCUUUGCUCACAGGCCCUCUGCCCUCCUACCCCCUGCCAUGGCCAGUCCUGUUGGUGUGUGUUCUCCCCAGGACAGUUCCUGCCCCAGGUUCGUGCAAUAUCAGGAUUGUGCCCCUCUUUUCAGUGGACUGGGCCCCUCUUUCCAGUGGACUGGACCAUGGGUCCUCGGCCCAUCUGUCCGUCCUCUCCAUGCAAGUGCUGUUUCGAGCAGGAGUCAUCACGCAAGGGUGACAUUGACAACCAUAUACAAAGCCACCGCAGCUGCUGCCGCUCUGCCGCCUGUACAGAAGAAACUGAAUCUUUUUCAUAUUCUAAUAAAUCAAUGUGAGUUUUU